AUGGUUGAUUCAUUAAAUUAUUAUGACUUUCUUGGAAUUUCUAAAGAUGCCACAAAUUAUGAAAUUAGAAAAGCAUACAAAACCAAAGUACUUCAUAUCCAUCCAGACAAAAUUAAAGACCCUCAACCAAGUGACUUUGACAAAUUUCAUAAACUUCAAUUAAUCAAAGACACAUUACUUGACACUGAAACAAGAAAUUUGUACGACAAAAUGAUUGCUAGUCAAUUAACCACAAGAAAACUAAUCGAAGAAAUGGAAACAAAUAGAAAAAAGAUGAUUGAUGAACUUCUCCAACAAGAAAAACAAUAUCAUGAAUCACAAAAAAUAAAAGAGUUGUUUGAAAAACAUAAUAAACAAAUUGAAGGUGAUAGAUUUGCAAAAUUAAUCAAAAAAUGGUAUUUUCAUCGACAAAACAAAGCACCAUCAUCUAUUAAACGAUCUAUUAGAAUUUUUUGGAGUAAUAAAGUACCAAAAGGAUAUUUUAACAAAGAAUUCAUCAGACAGAAGUGCUUGACGUUUGGAGAUGUUGUUGGUGUUUCUCUUAAAGACCAAAUGUGUUUUGUUUUAUUUAAAAAUGAUGAUACAAUAACCAAAAUUGAAAUGAAAAGUGAACAUGGGAAUGUGUUUAAUGAUGAAUUGAAAGACUCUAAUAUCGAAAUUUUAAAAAAUACAUAUCUUCAUUCUUCAAUCUCAUUAAACGAUUUCACACACUACGAACAACAAAUAUUACAAAAGGCUUAUAUCAAACUAAAAGAAACUAACCCAAACUUAACUAGUCCUUCUAUUCAUACUAACCAAAAUACUUUUAUAAUUGAUUAA